UCUGCUCGGCCGCCCGGCGGCCCCUCGCUCGCUCUCCUCUUCCUCUUGGGCCCCGGCGCAGCCCCGGAGCCCGCGCACCGAGGAGCCGGGGGCGCCGCGCCUGGACGGCCCUCGGCACGCUCCCCUCCCCCUCGCCGCUGUCCCCGGGGCGCAGGGCCGCGCGUCCAGCCCCGGACGCGCUGGGGGUCCCCGGGGACUGGCCGGCCCUGCUGGGGCGCAACGAUGGAGGACCCGCAGCGCGCCCGUUCCCACACCGUCACCACCACCACCAGCUCCUUCGCCGAGAACUUCUCUACCAGCAGCAGCAGCUUCGCCUACGACCGCGAGUUCCUCCGCACCCUGCCUGGGCUCCUCAUCGUGGCCGAGAUCGUUCUGGGACUGCUGGUAUGGACACUUAUCGCGGGAACUGAGUACUUCCGGGUCCCUGCGUUUGGCUGGGUCAUGUUUGUAGCUGUAUUUUACUGGGUCCUCACCGUCUUCUUCCUCAUUAUCUACAUAACGAUGACCUACACCAGGAUUCCCCAGGUUCCCUGGACAACAGUGGGCCUGUACUUUAAUGGCAGCGCCUUCAUCUUGUACCUGUCUGCUGCCGUCGUGGAUGCAUCAUCCGUCUCCCCGGAGAGGGACAGCCACAACUUCAACAGCUGGGCGGCCUCGUCGUUCUUUGCCUUCCUGGUUACCAUCUGCUACGCUGGAAAUACAUAUUUCAGUUUUAUAGCAUGGAGAUCCAGGACCAUUCAAUGACUUAUUACCAUUUUGAUAAUUAAAAGGAAAAUAAAAAAGGAAGAAUCUCACUGUAAAAACAGCUGUAGGUAUAAUGUAUAUUUCCAGAGAAUUGUAUUUAACUAAUGUUUUUAUAUACUUAGUUAAAUUUGCUCGCAAAUUAUUGUUUGUUACAAUUAAACUGGAUACUUACUUGCAAAAUGUUAUAGCUUGUAAUGAACUCUUAAGUAUCUUAUUGAUGUUUUCAUAGACCUUAUUUUCUUAGACAAUGUUUAAAUAGAUAAAUUGCUAAUAUUAAGAAUGUGUCAGGUUUUGAAACCUAACUUUUUAAAUGCCAGAUUCUUUUUUGAUUAAAUGUUGCAAAAUCCC